AGCAUUCAAGAUACUCAAAAGGAACUGACAAUUCCUUGCCAUUCUAAUUUUAUUAUUCUAACUUAAUUGGCACCAUCCUCACUUUAAAGGAUACCCUGCCCUCCUCUUCAUUCACCAAGCUCACCUCCCCAUAAGCAUCUACACAGAGAGAGAGAGAGAGAGAGAGAGAGAGAGAGGUUCAAAUAAAAUGGCCACAAACCAAGCUUUAUGUAACCAUGCAGAUGAAGACUAUAUUGACAUGGAAGUGAGCUCUACCUCCAGCAUCCUAUGUUUCUCCAUUAGUUCUCCACCACAAGCCAGAGAGUUUGAGUUCCAAAUGACUUCACUCUCACUUGAGAAAGAAACCACAACUUCCCCUGCUGAUGAGCUCUUCUACAAGGGAAAAUUGCUUCCUCUUCACCUCCCACCUCGCUUACAAAUGGUUCAAAAAAUCCUCCAAAACUGUAACACUACCACCCUUGACCGCACACAAGUAGCCUUUGAAGAUAACUAUAGCAUUCCUUUUAUCACUACCUCCAUUUCCACCACACCUUCCACUAAUACCAGUACCCCAAUUGAAUCCUGCAACAUUUCACCAUCGGAGUCUCGCCGAGUUAGUACUCAACUAAACCCAGAUGAAUGUUUCUUUGAAUGGUCUAUUGGAAGUAGUAGAUUCAUUGUUAAUGAUCAUCCAGAAAGGCCUUGGUCCAAGAAGCUCAAGCAAAUCAAGCAAUUCUCACUGGGUCAGAAGCUCAAGGCUUCAAGAGCAUAUCUCGUGUCUUUGUUUAGCAAAUCUGGUUGUUCAGAUGAAUCCUGUGCCAAGGCGGCAUGCAAUGUAGAAGCAGAAUUUGUCACCAAGAGCAAGGACUCUCUAAAUAAGUACACAAAGGUAGCCAAAAAAAACCCAUUUGGCAAAAUUGACAAUGAGAAAUACCAGUUGUCAACCACUUCCAUGAGGAGCAUUCGCAGAGAUAUAGUUGAAGAUGGUUUUAAUAACCACAGGAGGUCUUUCUCUGGGGUGAUUCAACGGCAUUCUGCAACAAAGUCUUCAUCCUCAUCCACAUCUUCAUCUGGUUCUUCAUCUUUUUCAUUUAGUUCAAAUGGAUUUUAUGAUUCACAGCUUCUCAAGAGGAGUGGCAGUGCGAAUUCAGAGAUUGAGAAUUCAAUAGAGGGAGCAAUCGCUCAUUGUAAACAGUCUCAGCAGCUAUUUACUUCCACAACUGCUAGUGAAGCUGGGGUUUGUUCACUGUUUGAUUCAAGAGCAAUUUGAGUGGAUCAAGAAAAAAGAUAGACUUUGCAUGAUUUUUUUUUUAAAUAACAAAAAGGGUGCUAUAGGGGACCAACACAGAGUCUGAGACAAAGAGAAGAUGGCAAUGGACCCCAAGCGCUAACAUUCAGCCUUUGCAGCAUCUGAUUGUAAUUGGGGGAAAAGGAAUCUCAAGAAAGAGACAUGGAAAGAGAGAGAGAGAUGCAUUUGAUGUAUGAGAAAGAUGGAAACACGUUUAGGCCUGUUCAACUUUUCAAAGUGAGUGUCACUUUAAUUUAGUAUGAUCCCUGUUCAGAUACUUGCAUGGUUUUAUUCUGUACUGUUGUGUUAGACUAGUUCAUAUCAUGUAAAUUUAAUCGAAGAUCCCACCGGAGAAUUUUAUUUUUGUGUUCAGUUUUUAUAGUCAAUUGGUCCCAAAUCUUUCUGGGCUUCCUUUUGUACUUGCACUAGUUAAUAUACUCGAUUGUAUUCUUCUGUGUAAAUGAAAAA